AUGUAUUUGCCAUGUUUUCGAGUGACCACACCUGGCAUGCAGCAAGAUGUUGUCGUUGGUGUAGGUGCUGCAGUGGUGUCGGCUAUUACUUACGGCUCUACGUAUGUACCUGUUCGCUGGUUCGAAACUGGAGACGGGCUGUACUUCCAAUGGAUGAUGUGCAUUGGUCAGUCACUGUUUGGUGCCAUUGUUCUCGGUGUUACUGGUUGGCCACCGGUGUUUCCUUUUGCCAUGCUUUCGGGAGUUUUCUUCGCCAUCGGUAACGCGCUCACGAUCUACAUUAUGGAUGGAAUAGGUAUGGCAGUAGGCUCAUUACUAUGGAACACCGUCACUUGCGUCACCGGAUGGGCUGUGACGCGAUUCGGUCUGCUGGGGAAUCCACAACAGCUCCCUCAUGAUAACGUCAUGAACAUUAUCGGUGUUGGAACAGUAUGCAUAGGUGGAUGCUUUUUCGCCACGAUAAAGCACCAUCGAAUGAAAGUUCGACCUGCGCCUUGGCAGACAAAGCCAGAAAGACGAUUAUCCUUCGAAGUUGUGGAUCAGCACACCUCCACUCUCAAAAGAACAAUAGCUAUUCUACUAACAAUGUUUGUUGGAUUUUUGUAUGGAAACAUGCUCACACCAAUCAACUAUCUGGUAAUGCACAGCGAUGAGACUGGCAAUCCCGCCAGAGUUUCCUCGUAUUUCUUCUCGUUCUGCUUCGGAGCGCUGCUGUCCUCAACGUUGAUAUUUAUGAUAUACUCAGGGGCAAGGUAG